CUUCGAUUACAAGCAACAUUGUUAGGCAGUUUAACGUCGUUAUUCUUGUUGAACUGGUUCAUUUUGAAGCUCUUCCUGAUAAUCAUAAAAAUUUUAAUUAAAAGAAAAAGAAAACAACAACAUCAACACAGCAUCAACCAGCAAAUGUUUAUGGAUUUAAUUGAUAGAUCCAGUGAUUCCAGUACAAAUAUGGCUUAUCAUGGUUUGAGUGAACAUCUUGAUUUUGAUACUCUAUCAGAUCCAAAUGAUUCAUUUACUCUUGAGGAAUUAAUUGGUGAGGGUACAUACGGUGAAGUUUAUUCAGCAAAAGACAACAACACAGGCAACAGUGUGGCUGUUAAAAUAUUGGAAAAUUUUUCUGAUAAUAUUGAAGAAAUUGAGGAAGAAUUUCUAGUACUUAGAGACUUGAGUUCUCAUUCAAAUAUACCAAUAUUUUAUGGCCUCUUUAUGAGCAAAUCACGACCAGGCCAAGAUGAAGACCAGCUGUGGUUUGUAAUGGAGCUUUGUUCAGGUGGGGCUGUCACUGAUCUUGUUCAGGGUCUAAAAAAACGUGGAAGCCGUUUAAGUGACAAUCAAAUUGCUUAUAUAAUACGUGAAACCGUCAAUGCACUUAUUUAUUUGCAUGAUAAUCAUUGUAUGCAUCGUGAUGUAAAAGGGCAUAAUAUUCUUCUAACUGAUAGAGGUGAUGUUAAGCUUGUUGAUUUUGGAGUAUCAUCACAUUUAACAAUGACACUUGCAAGAAAAAAUACAUCUGUUGGAACUCCCUAUUGGAUGGCUCCAGAGGUUAUUGCAUGUGAACAACAGUAUGAUUCAUCAUAUGAUUCAAGAUGUGACGUAUGGUCAGUUGGAAUAACAACAAUUGAAUUAGCUGAGGGUGAUCCACCACUAUCUGAACUUCAUCCAAUGCGUGCUCUAUUUCAAAUACCACGUAAUCCACCACCAACAUUAAAAAUACCAGAAUUACAUUGUCAAGAAUUAUCUGAUUUUAUUGCUGAAUGUCUUGUUAAAGAUUUAGAACAUCGUCCAUUUGCAUCUGAACUUAAAGAUCAUCCAUUACUUCAAGCUGUUGAAAAUUAUCAAGAUGAUGUUAAAUCUGAACUUGUUGAUGAAAUUGAAAGACAAAAAAAUGAUGGACGUAUACGUAGACAACCAGAAGUAACAACAAAACAUGGACAAUUAAAAAGUGAUAGAAAAAUUCAAGCUAAAAAAAUAUAUUAUGAUGAUCUUGCUGUACUUGAUACAUUAACAGAAGAUAUUAUUGUUGAACAACUUGAAAAUCGUUAUUCUGAUUCACAAAUAUAUACAUAUAUUGGUGAUAUAUUAAUUGCAAUAAAUCCAUUUAUGAAUUUAGGAUUAUACAGUGGAAAAGAACAAAAAUGUUAUCGUGGUCAAGCAAGAUCAGAUAAUCCACCACAUAUAUUUGCUGUUGCUGAUGCUGCAUAUCAAGCUCUACUACAUCAACGUAAAAAUCAAUCAAUAAUAAUAAGUGGUGAAUCUGGUUCUGGUAAAACAGAAUCAGCAAAUUUAUUACUUAAACAAUUAGUUUAUUUAUCAAAAGCACCAAAUAGAAAUUUGGAAGAACAAAUAUUACAAAUAAAUCCAAUAAUGGAAGCAUUUGGUAAUGCAACAACUGGUAUUAAUUCAAAUUCAUCACGUUUUGGUAAAUAUUUAGAUUUAACAAUGACUAAAAAUGGCAAAGUAACUGGUGCAAGAAUUGCUGUUUAUUUAUUAGAACAAUCACGUGUUGUUGGACAAUCUGUUGGUGAAAAAAAUUUUCAUAUUUUUUAUUAUAUAUAUGAUGGUCUUGAAGCUGAUGAUAGAUUAAAUGAAUUUCAUUUAAAUGAUUUAUCACGUGAUAAUCAUCGUUAUUUAAAAAAUAAUAUUGAAUCAAUAAAUGAAAAUAUUGAAAAAUUUAAUGAAAUUAAAAAUUGUUUUAAAGUAUUAGAAUUUCAAGAUAAUCAAGUUGAUACUGUUUAUGCUAUAUUAUCAUCAAUAUUACAUCUUGGUGAUAUUUCAUUUGAGGAAGAAAUAAGUCAAGAUAAUACUGAUAAUAAAAGUAUUGUUGUUGAUUUAUUACCACUUAAUAAUGUUUGUGAUUUAUUGGGAAUUGAAAGAGAUGAUUUAUUAGAGUCAUUAACAACAACUUCAGUUGUAACAAGAGGUGAAACAAUAACAAGAAAUAAUACAGUAGCUGAAUCUUGUGCAUCAAGAGAUGCAAUGGCUAAAGGAUUAUAUGGUCGUUUAUUUGAUUGGAUGGUUAAUCAAAUUAAUUGUUUAUUAACAUUUAAUAGAUCAACAAAAAUUGAACCAUUGUCAAUUGGUUUACUUGAUAUAUUUGGAUUUGAAAAUUUUCCAAAAAAUUCAUUUGAACAAUUAUGUAUUAAUAUUGCUAAUGAACAAAUACAAUAUUAUUUUAAUCAACAAGUUUUUUCAUGGGAACAACAAGAAUACAUGGCUGAGGGUAUACCAGUUGAUCUUGUUGAAUUUUCUGAUAAUAGACCAGUACUUGAUACUCUCUUGAGUAAACCAAUGGGACUUAUGAGUUUAAUUGAUGAAGAAAGUCGUUUAACAUUUGGUAGUGAUAAAACAAUGAUUGAAAAAUUUCAUAAUAAUAUUAAAUCAAAAUGUUAUAUUAAACCAAAAUCAGAUGCAACUUGUUUUGCAAUUAAUCAUUAUGCUGGUAGAAUUGUUUAUCAAGCUGAUGGAUUUUUAGAUAAAAAUAGAAAUUUUAUACCACCAGAAAUUAUAAAUUUAUUAAGACAAUCACAAUCAGAUAUGAUUAGAUUUUUAUUUCAAUGUCCAAUAACAAAAACUGGUAAUUUAUAUUCAGCAAUUUAUGAUAAUGAUGUUAGAGGUAGUUUAAAUGGUAAUACAUUAAAAAAUACAAAAGAUAAAUAUUCAAGUAAAAGUUUAGCAUCACAAUCAAGAGUACAACAAACUCUAUCAACAUAUUUUAGAUAUUCAUUGAUGGAUUUAUUACAAAAAAUGGUUGGUGGAUCACCACAAUUUGUCAGAUGUAUUAAACCAAAUGAUACAAAAAGUCCAAAAUUUUUUGAUAAAGAUAAAGUUAUUAAACAAUUAAAAUAUGCUGGAGUUUUAGAAACAAUUAGAAUACGACAAAAUGGAUUUUCUCAUCGAAUUCCAUUUACUGAUUUUUUAAAAAGAUAUUGCUUUUUAGCAUUUGGAUAUGAUGAAAGUGUUGUUGCAAAUCGUGAUAAUUCACGUUUACUUUUAAUUCGUUUAAAAAUGGAUGGUUGGGCACUUGGAAAAACAAAAGUUUUCUUAAAAUAUUAUCAUGUUGAAUUUUUAUCAAAAAUGUUUGAAGAACAAUCGAAAAAAAUUAUCAUGGUUCAAGCAUGUGUUAGAAGAUGGCUAGCAAGAAUUCAUUAUAAAAGACAAAAAUGGCAAUUUGCAUAUGCAAUUGUAACAUUGCAAAAAUAUAUACGUGGUUGGUUGGCAAGAAGACAUGCAGGUAUCAAAAUUUUGACUAAACAAUUAACAACUGAAUCACAACUUUCAGAUCAUCAUUCAGAUAGUGAGGAAAAUAUUAUUAUGGAUUUAAUUAAAAAUCAUGAUGAAUUAUCAAGUGAAGACAAUGCUGCUGUUGUCAUUCAAAGCUAUUAUCGUGGUUACGCAAUACGAAAAGAUCGUGGCUAUGAAUUUGAUGAAGAGUUGAAAAAAAUAUUAGAUAAUUGUGCAAAUAAAGAAGAAGCUCGUCAAGCACUUAUUAAUUCAGGUGUAUCUGAUACAGAAGCAAUAUUUAUUAUUCACAGAUGGUACAGACAACAAAUGAAAAUUAAAAGAAAAUUAACGAGAAAUCCAGAUGAUUAUGUACAUUCAAAAUUACGUCAAGUUGAAUUGAUACAAUUUUCACAAGAUGUACACAUGAAGAAUCAAGAUAUGCAUAAAAAUUUGAGGAAAAAUAAACCUGGUAUACGAGUCUCAGAUAUUGAAGAACCAGGUGAUGAUUAUGUACGUCCAGAAGGUUUUAAAAUGGUUGAAGAUAUUAUGAAUUAUCGUAAUGAUAAUCAACCUGAAGGUGAAUCAAUAAUAAAAUAUUACCGUGAUCUCAAAGAAGAAACCAGCAGUGGUUCGGACUUCGAAGACGACGAAGUUGGUUGGGACUUACCAUUGAUACAGCUGGAAAAUGACCAUCAACCAUUAUCGGGCCAAGAUCAAGAACUUGUACUGAAAGUUCAGACAGAGAGACAGGCUCGAUCAAGUGCUCAAAGCGGAUUUUUCAUACCACCAGAGCAACAUCUGUCGGACAUUUGGCACAAAGCCCUGAAAAAUCAGGAUUCACUGGACACAGAAGUACCUGGAAAUUCAGUCAGAGGAGUCAUGGCAAACUUUCAGUACAAAGACUAGUCAACUGUCCAACAAAAGAAAAAAAACAAGUAGAAAAUAUGGUACCAAAAACAUUAAGAAUAUCAACACUUCAAUUGAUUUACUCAUCUUGCCCCGAAUUAACAACAACAGUUUAAAAAUAAUUAUAAAAAAAGAUAACGUUAAAAAUAUUAGAAAAUUAUUUGAAAAUAAUUUUUAGAAAUAUUAUUAUUAUUAUAUUAUUACCAUUUUAUUAUUAAUUAUUUAUCUCAUAUAGAGAUUUCGACAUAAUUGAAAUUUUACAAUUUAAAUACACAAUGUUACUUGAAAAAUUUAAAAAAAAAAAAAAAAACAAACAAACAUUGAUUUAAAAAUAAUUAAAAGUAGAAUGAAUAUCAAUUGAUUAAAAAAAAAUAUAUAAUAGUAAUUAAAAAAAAUUUUAAAUAAUUGAAUUCUAAUUAUACGUAAAAUCUAAUUGUUGAUGAAAUUGAUUAAAGAGAAAAAAAUAAAAUCUUAUGCAAAUACAAGUAGUUAAAUGUGAUGUUGAUUUACUGAAUUUUUUUUUUUUUUUGUUAUUGUUUCAUUUGGAUUCCAUUUAUUCCUGGUAUUAUUUAAAUUAAAAUUUUUGUGUUUAUUCAUCAUCUAAGAUGAUUGAAAUUGACCCACAUGACUAUAAUUAAGCAGUUCUUUCAAUAAUAUGAACACCACUAUCAGUAUCAACUGGUGAUG